AUGUCUGAAGCUGCACGGACGGUAAUGAUCAGGAAUGUUUCUAAUGUUAUUCCUAUCUAUCAUAUGCAAAGCUUUAAACUACCAGAUGUUACCAUUAAGAAGUUGAAUUAUGCUCAACAAGCUUUCUGGAGAAAUAAGAAGACUAAUAAAGAUCUUCAAAAUCCUUCUCAACCAAAGCAAGGUUGUAGUGUUUCUCAUAAUUAUACACAUGUGCAUCAACUCUUCACGGUAGGUACGGCAGAGUGGGACAAAGAUCUUCUCAAUAUCUUAUUCAGUGUAACGAUAGUCGAUUUCAUCUUGUCCAUUUCCAUCCAUCCUGCACGGUCUGAUAGGAUGAUCUGGAUACUGGAGAAAAACGAGUCUUUUUCAGUGAAGUCUAGUUAUCAUAAGAUGAUGCAGGAGUCCUCUCUUUCUCAACCAGUGGAUAUAAGAAUGAGCAAAAUUUAUUGCAGGUUAUGGAAGUUGCCUACUUUACCAAGAAUUAAACACUUUUUAUGGAAGGCUAUUUCAGAUCUCCUCUCCACAAAAAAUGUUCUUGGUCCUGCUGUUGUUGGAGAAGAUGAUUCUUGUCCAAUGUGUAAUCUUCAUCCAGAGUCUGCAACUCAUCUGAUUAUGAACUGCACUUUUUCAAGAGCAAUUUGGUUUGCUACAUUGGGUUGGACUUCUAACUCGACAGGCUCCCUGCAAGAAUGGAUUGCAAGCUGGUUUGAUAUCUUGCAGAAUGGUUCCAUCAAAGAAGCUGAAAUAAUUAACAGAGUUAUUAUUGCUUGGAACAUUUGGACAACAAGAUGCAACAAAGUGCUUCAGCAGAAAAAUCCUACUCCUGAAGUGAUUAUUCAACAAUGCAAAACAUUGAUGGAUGAGCACACUCUCAUGACUUAUAACUCCCUUCAGCCUUCUCUUAGAGUUAAUCGUGUUAAUGUUCAUUGA